AAACUUUUCAUCUCUCUCUCGAAAUAGUAUUCGAAGAUCGGAUCUUAGAUUCUCCGACAUGCAACCGUGUGGAAGUUGGAUAUCACGGGAGAGAGUGAGACAGAGGAGAGAAGAGAGACAGAGGAGAAUGAACUUCAACGGAAGAGGAAUCCCGACCCAUUGCAGAUGUGGAGAACGUGUGCGGUUGCUUACGUCAAACACAAUGAAAAAUCCGGGGAGGCUUUUUCAUUCCUGUCCAUAUGGAGAUGAGAACAAUCGAUUUCAUUUAUUCAAGUGGGCGGAUGGAUCAGCUCUUGAAGAGAUUGAGGAUAUGCAGAUGAAAAUUUGUGGUCUUGAAAAAGCUUCAAGCAGCUUAGUAAAGGAUAAUGAGAGCCUUAAUUCGGAGAUAGAGAUUCUUAUAAUGGACACACGUGCUUGUGAAUCAGGUGUGUCUCGUUUAGAAUCAUUUGUGACUGGUUUAGAGAAACAGUUACGAGGUUUUGAGAAGGAACUUCAAGAUUCCAAGAUGGAGGUGAAAGGGAUAAAGAACAUGAUAGUUUAUUUUGUUGUACUUGUUCUGUUCUUUAAGUUUGUAAUGUAGGUGUUGAAGAAAAUGGCCUUUUGUUGUUUGUGUAAUAUUAGGAGGAUAUGGCUAUUUGAAUAUCUAUGUUUGUGUAAUAUUAAGUGGCUAUGGCUAUUUGUGUACUUUGGUGAUGAUCAUGUGUAAUAUAUUAUGUUUCAUUUUAUGUUUCAGAAAAGAUAACCACUUCUACAACAUAUAAUUGCUGCAAAACAAAAUAGUAAUAUCCAAAAACACUAAAUCCGAAAGAUAUUACAUAAGAAGCCUUAAAACGAUUCAAAACAAGCCAUAAGUCAAUCUGAAUCAUCAAAAUCCGAAAGAUAUCACAUAAAAAGCCUUAAACGAUCCAAAACAAGUCAUAAGGUCAGUCGAUCACUUGACUAGGUCCUUCAUCUUGUGUGACAUUCUUCUUCUUUGGUGGUCUUUGAAC